CAUCACCUCCCUCCCCCUCCCUCUCUCUCUCUCUCUCUCUCUCUCUCUCUCUGUGUUGGAGAUCAGAACAUAACCGGAGCCAUCCGAGGCUGCAGCCCGCUUUGGUUUUCCCUCCUGUUUUCUUCUUUCUGUGGAAGCGAUGGCCUCACCGUCGGCCGGCACGGGGAGCUUGGACCCUCGAGCGAACUCCUUCUCCUUCUCAUCCCUCCUCGCCUCCGAACUGGAGGACGACUCUCGCCGUGGGUCCGGGGUUCCCAAGUUCAAGUCCAUCCCCCCGCCCUCCAUCCCCAUCUCCCCGCUCUCCUCUGCUUUCUUCGCCAUCCCGCCUGGUCUCAGCCCCGCCGAGCUCUUGGACUCCCCUGUUCUCCUCAACGCUUCCAACAUUUUGCCCUCCCCUACUACUGGAGCUUUCCCGCUUCAAUCCUCCUUCAAUUGGAAGAGCAAGUCCUCCGACAGUUACCAGCAGAUCUCUAAACGGGAAGACGCAAAUGGCUCCGACUUCACUUUGCAGACCAACGCCAAGCAGCAUUUGCAGCAGCAGCAGCAGCAGCAGCAGCUGGCCUGGAGCUCCAUCAAACAAGAUGGUUCCCGCCCUCCUGACGAGAGCGCGGUGAAAUCCGAACUCAAUCCAUUCCAGAGCUUCUCCCCUGAGAUCGCCACCAUCCAGACCAACGCCGAUCACCGAGCCGAUUGCGACAAUUAUCAGUCUCAGGCUCAGUCCAUGCGAGAGCAGAGGAGAUCUGACGAUGGCUACAACUGGAGGAAAUACGGCCAGAAGCAGGUGAAGGGGAGCGAAAACCCCAGGAGUUAUUACAAGUGCACUCAUCCUACUUGCCCUACCAAGAAGAAGGUGGAGAGGUCUCUGGAUGGCCAGAUUACCGAGAUUGUCUACAAGGGAAGCCAUAACCACCCUAAGCCUCAGGCCACCCGGAGAUCCUCGGCGUCCUCCUCCUCCUCCGCGCCGUCUCAUGCAGUCCAGGUCUAUAAUCCCGCCGCCCCUGAAAUCAAUGACCAUGCUUUUUCCACGCAUGGCUCCUCCCAAGUAGACUCUGCAACCCCAGAAAACUCUUCCCUUUCAGUCGCCGAUGACGAAUAUGAUCAGGGCUCUCAGAAAAGUAAAUCUGCAGGGGAUGAGUUCGACGAAGACCAACCGGAUCCCAAAAGAUGGAAGCAAGAGGUCGAGAACGAAGGGAUUUUAGCUCCCGGGAGCAGAACGGUGAGAGAACCCAGAGUAGUAGUCCAAACCACCAGUGACAUUGAUAUUCUUGAUGAUGGAUAUCGAUGGAGGAAAUAUGGGCAGAAGGUGGUCAAAGGAAAUCCCAAUCCAAGGAGCUACUACAAGUGCACCAGUCCAGGCUGUCCAGUGCGCAAGCACGUGGAGAGAGCAUCCCAUGAUCUAAGGGCAGUGAUCACUACUUAUGAAGGGAAGCACAACCACGAUGUUCCUGCAGCCCGCGGGAGUGGCGGCGCCAAUAGGCCUUUGCCCAUGCCGGACAAUGGCAACGGGAACAAUGGUUUGGCAGAUUCAAUCAGGUCGUCGGCCUUGACCAAUCAUUCCAACAACAAUGGGCCAAGCGCUCCAAGCAGUAACUAUAGGGUGUCGUCAUCGGAAGGGCAAGCAUCGCCGUUCAUGCUGGAGAUGUUACAGAGUCCGGGGAGCUUCGGAUUUUCAGGACUUGGGAGUUCUCUGGGCUCUUUCCUGAAUCAGUCUCCAAACACCGAUAACUUGUUCUCCAGAGCCAAGGAGGAACCGAGGGACGACAUGUUCCUGGAAUCAUUGCUAUGCCGAAAUUAUUGAAGACCUUAUUCUGCUCGAGGUCAGGAUCAGGUGCAUGUCCUGGCCUUUUGAGAACUGGAAGGAGGAGGGAGAUCAGUGGUUCAUUUCAUUUAUUACAUUCUGUUUAUUGGCUUUAGAACUCCAGGUAUAGGGGAUAUGUAUGUAUACUUUGUUCUUUGACCAAAAAAGAAAAGAGAGAACAAGAUUUGUACUAAGGUAAGAUGUAAGAGGAGAAUUGGGAUGAAUGGAUAAUUUUUUUGUUUUGUUCCUUUUUUUUUUGGGGGGGAUGGUUGGAAUGUUCUCUUGUUUUUCUCAGCUGAAUGAAUUGAAAAAGAAUAUCAGAAAUAA